AUGGCAGACUCGAACCACUUCCAUGAUGCACACGAAGGCAACGUGCUCCUCUCUUUGUCUGGCGUAGAUUUUCCAGAGAUCCGCUGGCAUGACUUCGGGGGCAGUUAUAAGCCUGCGGGCGGGUUGGUCACGCCAGCUUUGACAGCUGACUUUGUGGGUAAGAUUGAGCGCUUUUCCGACACAGGGAUCAACCGUAUCAGGAUGACACACCAAGAUUUUGCCUCAAGACUGAAUGAGACGCGCAAGAAGUGCACUUUAGUCGGGCAAGAGAUGGUACUGGUGCCAUUGUGUUUGCGUCAACGCGCUUUCAGCUUGGUGGAAACCAUGCUGAACGCGGACGUCAUGGACACCUCGGCCCAGCGAAAGCUCUUGGAAAAGAUUUCGCUGGGAAUGCCCAGUUCUUUGCAGGCAGUGCCGCCUCGCAACCACCCCCAGCAGUGUGGGUCUGUCAGCUGGGAAGCCUUGAUGGCAAGGACUUUGAGAUCGUCGGCAACGCAUUCAAAAUCACUGCUAGUGUUUCAGAUGUGGAUGAUCUUAAAGAAGCCAUCGAGAAGAAGGCGAAGCUGA